UAAGUGGGAAACUGAAGCCCUUACUCUCCAAACCCUGUUUCAUCUUUCCAAGUAUGUCAGAAAGCUGGCAGCAACCUCCACAGACGCAGCCGCAGCAGCCGCAGCCGCCGCAGCCGCAGCAGCAUGCUGAGCCACCACCGGCCUUAGCUGAGCACACGCUGCCCACUGGCACGGCUGAGAACCCCUUGGGCUGCGCUGUCUAUGGCAUCCUUCUGCAACCCGACCCAGGCCUGCAACCCCCACAGCAUGCGCCCUUGCAGGCAGCUGGUGAGCCAGGCCCCAAGUGUGGGGUGUGUGGACAUGACCUGGCGCACCUGUCCAGCCCUCAUGAGCACCAGUGCCUGGCCGGCCACGACCGCUCAUUCCAGUGCACACAGUGUCUCAAGAUCUUCCACCAGGCCACCGACCUCCUGGAACAUCAGUGUAUGCAGGCGGAACAGAAGCCUUUUGUCUGCGGCGUCUGCAAGAUGGGCUUCUCGCUGCUCACCUCGCUGGCACAGCACCACAGCGCACACAGCGGUAGCGGGGGCCUGGUAAAAUGUUCCAUCUGCGAGAAGACCUACAAGCCAACAGAGGCGGUUGAGCCAGCGGCCACCACUGCCCCGUCACUGCCCCCACCACCCCCGGCACCUACCGUCACCACUGCUGAACAGACUGACAAGCCUUACAGCUGUCCCAUCUGCCAAAAGCCCUUCAAACACCUGUCUGAGCUCUCGCGGCACGAGCGGAUCCACACUGGCGAGAAGCCGUACAAGUGUACGCUGUGUGACAAGAGCUUCAGCCAGUCGUCACACCUGGUGCAUCACAAGCGCACGCACAGCGCUGAGCGGCCCUACAAGUGCUCGGUCUGCGAGAAGACCUUCAAGCACCGCUCUCACCUGGUGCGUCACAUGUAUGCGCACUCGGGCGAGCACCACCUGUUCCGCUGUAAUGUGUGUGAGCUGCACUUCAAGGAGUCCUCGGAGCUGCUGCAGCAUCCGUGCACGCCAAGCGGGGAGCGGCCUUUCCGCUGCGGCGAGUGCCAGAAGGCCUUCAAGAGGCCAUCGGACCUGCGUCAGCACGAGCGCACACACAGCGCUGAGCGGCCCUUCAAAUGCGACCUGUGCCCCAUGGGCUUCAAGCAACAGUACGCUCUGAUGCGGCACAGGCGCACGCACAAGACUGAGGAACCCUUCAAGUGCGGCCUGUGCGAGAAGGGCUUCGGGCAGCCCAGUCACCUGCUCUACCAUCAGCACGUGCACACUCUGGAGACGCUCUUCAAGUGCCCGGUGUGCCAGAAGGGCUUCGAUCAGUCGGCCGAGCUGCUGCGGCACAAAUGUCUGCCGGGCACGGCCGAGCGACCCUUCAAGUGCCCGGUGUGCAGUAAGGCCUACAAGCGAGCGUCUGCCCUGCAGAAACACCAGCUGGCCCACUGCGCAGCGGCAGAGAAGCCUCUACGCUGCACCCUGUGUGAGCGCCGCUUCUUCUCCUCAUCUGAGUUUGUGCAGCAUCGCUGCGACCCGGCCCGUGAGAAGCCGCUCAAGUGCCUGGACUGCGAGAAGCGUUUCAAAUACGCCUCCGACCUGCAGCGGCACCGGCGGGUGCACACGGGUGAAAAGCCCUACAAGUGCCCCAACUGCGACAAGGCCUUCAAGCAGCGCGAGCACCUCAACAAGCACCAGGGUGUGCACGCACGUGAGCAGCAGUUCAAGUGCGUGUGGUGUGGCGAGCGCUUCCUGGACGUGGCCCUGCUGCAAGAGCACAGUGCACAACACAGCGCUGCUGCCACUGAGGGCACCUACCAGGUGGCUGCUUGCCUGCCCUGAGCCCGCACCCGCGCCGUGGACUCCCACCAGGCCC